UAUUCUAUAUAUAUAACAAGAAUUGAGAAAAAGGAAAAUGAAGAUCCAAACCAAAAACAAUACGAAAUUGAUGGCGGAAUGUGAGAGAGAUUGUAGAUCUUAGCGACCCAGAGUUGGUCUAUCAAUUAGAGCGAGGAUUUGGGCGACUAAUUACAUGCCUAAAUUUCACAAACUAUUUAGAUUUAUUUUCACUUUCCUUCACCUAAAUUUAUUGCUUCAGAUACUCAAUCACCCCAUUUACAGUAUGAUGAUUUUGUCUUCAAUGCUUUAAUUCUGUGUAACCUAUGGAGAUCUGUACGUUUAGAUGCACAUUUCCCUUUAUUCUCAUGAAAUUUAAUGGUGUUUGAUAUUCUAGAUUGAUUUAUAUGAGUUUCUGUCUUCUUCAAAAGAAAUAUUAUUCUGAUUUAGAUGGCAGUGAUCAAUGGCUCAAGAAGAGCAUACCUCUAGGUGUAGUAAUAAUAGUAGUGGUGGUGCUGCUGGUGGCGGUACGGGUGGUGGUACGGGUGGUACGGGCGGUACCGGUGGUGGUGGGCAUAGGAGUAGUAGUUCUAAGAAGUUGAAGCAUAAGAAAGUGCCUCAAAGAGGAAUGGGUGUGGCUCAGCUUGAAAAGAUCAUAUCUGAAGAACAUCAGAAGAAAGAUGCAAGUGUUUUGACACAUAAUUCGAUUGUUUCGCCGACUAGUUCCUGUUCCAAUUUGGCUAGUGUUCAAAAAGUUGCUAACUUUAGGCCGUCGAUCCCUCCGCCACCGCCUUUGCCGCCUAAUCACCAUCCGUUGGUUGCGAAAACGGAUGGUGGGAAUGCUAGUUCUGCGUCUAAAGCGACGAGUUUGAUCAGUGUUGGUAGUGGUGUUGGUAAUUGGUCUAGGUUAUGGAGUGAUGGUGAGAAGCAGAGUCAAAGUUAUGGGCUGGACCACCCUAGAUACGCUGCACCUGCACCGUUUUCAGGAAAUCUUGGUGGUUUGCCUUACGAAUCCAACCCGCCGAUUUGGCCUCCCACCCCUAAUCUAAUGCUGCAAAGAUCACAGCACUUGCAGCAGUCAUGUUCGUCAUCGAUGGUGAAUGUUUCUGCAAACACUUCAUUGUCAUCGUCUUCGUCGUCUGUAAUGAAUUUUCAGAUUGAGCCCCCUUCAAACCAAAGCUAUUGUGGCAACAACUACCAACCAUUGUGGCCCGAUGAAGAGAAGAUGGUUGGCAUGAAAAGGCCAUACCCCUUUUCGUUAGAAGAUAUGCCAAUUCCGUCUUUUCACUGCAAAUUUCCGUCUGCAUACGUGUCUCCCGUUUCAAGAUCCGAUGAUUAUGCUUCUUGUAGCAACGGUGGAGGCACUACUAGCAUUGAACCCGCACAUCCAGCUUCUUUCAGAGAAAAUUGUUCAAGCUCGGGUGCCAUAUCAGAUGUAGUAACGAAAAAGUUCAUCGAUGAAAACCAAAUUCUGACUCGAGAUUUUCUCAAAUUAGCCCCUCCUCAAACAUCUCAAUUGCGUUCAAGUUCGAAAGAGAAUUUACGCCUUUCACCUUGUACAGGAGAACAGCCUCAGUUUGAGAGGCUACCGCUUCAAAAGGACCAAUCGAAGGAUCCGAACCAUAUGUCUGGAAGAAGCGGGUCAAACCCGCAGCCUUUUCUUAGUUUCUUUCCAGCUGCGAAAACGCCCGUGGGGCAGACCGGAAACGGCAACGGUGAGGCAGGGGAAAGUGUUGAUCUGAAUUUGAAGCUGUAGAAGGUUCUUAUUUGCUAUUGUCUUUUUUAUUUAUGUAGCUCUUUUUUCAUGCUAGAAAUGUGACCUUGAAAAAGUAAUAAAACCUUAAUUAAGUACC